AUGAAGUACUUUCCAAUAACAAUGCUGCUACUAUGGUUGUUAGCCUGCAUUUCAUAUACGUACUCACAACAUGUUCCAUCGACAUAUAUCAAAGAAUUCGAUGAUUCUGCAAUACAACCAACAUUGGAAAAGACAACAUAUUCCUUAAUUUAUUUCUAUUCUGAUUCAUGCAAAUAUUGUCAAAUUUUCAAUCCAAUAUUUGAAAAUUUAUGUGCCUUGUACAACAACAAUGAUAGUGAAUCCACUAAUUUCCAAAUAUUGAAAACCAAUGCUAGAAUUAAUAAGAAAUUGAGUAAACUCUUUGCAAUACGACACUAUCCUACUUUGAAAUUAUUACAUUAUCCAUCAAAAGAAAUCUUGGAGUAUGAGGGGAAACGAGACUUGCAUUCAUUGAUUGAUUAUAUCGAAUCUAAAACCACUCUCAAACCCAAUUAUGAGAACUUUGAAUCGGAAGUGAAGAAUAUCGAUGACUUGCAAGAGUUGUUACAAGGAGGCAGAGAUAAAGUUGUCAUUUUCAUUAUGAGCUAUUUUGCUGAUUGGCAAGAUUACCAUUAUCCUGCUCAUUACAUUCAAAGAAUUGCCAGCUCACAUGAUGCUAUUGAAUUCUACGUUUAUCACGGAGAUGAUUUGCAUAAUUCGGAAAUAUUGCCACAAUUUAGUGUUAGUCAUUUUCCUAGCUUAGUCUACAUCAGAAAUGGUAAGUUCAAAGCCUUAAAUACUGAACCACCGGCUUAUCAGAAAAACGAAAAGUUUGAUGGAAACAAAAUCGAAACUUUUAUUGAAUCCAUUCAUUUGGAUGAGUCGGUGUGGCGUCCUAUAAAACCAGUGAUUGAAGUGCCAAUUGCCAAUGACGAUGAAUUGGAAGAGGGCUAUGAAUCCGAUGAUGAUAUAGAGCAUAUAGAAUUGUAA